CCUGAGCUUUAGCUUCGGGCCCAGCGAUUUGGCCAACAGCAAAGCUGUGAAAGCUCAGCUUACAAAUUAAAAGAUACAACUUUUCAGUUAUAAAGAUAGGUUUUGUAGACAGUGACUAAGUGUUUACUUCGAACUAGAUUCGAAAUGGCAGGUCAAUUAGAAUUUGAAUUUACUAAAUAAAUAAAGUUGCUUGGAAAUUAUAUUUUGCUAAUAAAAGUCAGCUCUUCAAUGAAAGAAUUGGGUUACAGAUCGAUUUCGGUUGCUUACAUAUCUAUAUGUAUUUAGGUAUACGAUAUAAAGCGUUAUAUUGAUUAAACUAGAAGGCUAUUUGUUGAUAGGAAAAUUCUCCUAAAUUUCUUUACAUUUUAAAUUAUGCACUGCCCUAUUUAAGGACUCUAAUUCAUUAUAUAUUGGUGUUUUAUGUAAUUGAUUUAAAUUAAUUUUAAAUAUUCGAUGUCUCAAUUCAACGAUGUCUCAAUGCAAUACUGUAAAUUUAGAAACACUUGUUAUGGUCGACCUUUACUGGUAGCUUUAAUAGUUUCCUGAAUCAUAAGACGAUUUGUUAGUGUUGAUCGCAUACCUUUGUACUUUUUAUUCCACGUAAAUAGCAAUGGAUUUGAAAUCUAUCAGAAAAGUUUUUAAUGGUAUGCUACGAAAUAUUGUAAGUGAAUGUGUUUAGGUUUAAAGAGUUUCUUAGCAUACUUUUGACUGCCUUUUAAAUUGAUUUCUUAUUUGGUUAGCAUGACUUUAAAAUUCGCGUUAAAAAACUUGAAUAACUCUAUUCCUUAAAACUUAUUUACUAUUUAUUUGAAGCUCGAAUUUAAUAUAACCGAAUCAAAAAAAUAUAUACGAUAUAUCGGAAUCUUAAAUCUUUCUAAAAUGUCAAAUAAUAAUUUGGCUGUGACACGUGGCAGUCAUUUCGGAAAAUGGGAGCAGAGCAGUCAGCCUUGUUGGCCUGCACACAGACGGGAAAGCCUGAAAAUUUUCUGGAGCUGACCAAUGCAGAGCAAUUCUUUAGUUUGCAAUUUGAAAAGAUGCCCAAGCCGGCGACUGGUCCGGUUACUGAAGCUCUUCUUUACUUGGUGGAGAACCUGCCCGAGGCAAAGGAUAUAACCCUUGAGAACGCUGAGCAAGAUUUGCAUUUACCCCCAGAUGAAAAUGGAGAAUUGGAGUUUAGCGAUGGUGGGGAAAGCGGCUUCCAUUCGGACUUUACCUGUUCAACAGAGUGAGGCGAGAACAUUUCCAAACCCCUUAAUCUUUCCACGAAUAACAAAUAAAAUAAUUUAACAUUUAUGAUUUUAUGUACACGAGACUAUUGCA